AUGAAUGACGUCACGUACCGUCAUUGCAUCGUGUACCGGAUGAAACUCGCACGCGGGAUGCUGCAGUGCGCGCGAUGUCGCAUGAGAUGUCACCGAAGAAGGCAACCGAGACGCCAAUUGUUGUGCUCAACAGCAUAUUUUGCGUGCGGCUCUCUGCUGGGUGCGGUGCAGCGGAUGGUCCAGCACCUCCGCCGUCACCUCAUCCGCUUCCUGGAAAUGCGGGAUCUCCCAGUGGAGGGGCAGUGCAGUUUUUUGGGAUUCUGCGGCAUAUUUGACUGCAAGUCUGCGGGCGUGAAUGGAGAUGAUUGUGACAUGGACAGGCCCUGGGAGGAAGCUGUGGAGCAGGGUUCCCCAAAGUUCACGGGCGGAGACGCUUGUGGGGCGCCCCAGACCCUCUGCAGGUGCGGGAGUGACGGGUACUUGAGGCCUGGCUACCCCAACGAUGCUGCCGCUGCGGGGCUGAUUCGAGGAGAAGGAGGAAAAGUCAGGAUGGCGACAGCGCAGACAAUACCGAAGCGGGGGCAUUGGAAGUGUUUCUGGACCGCUACUUUCUCUGCAGCGUCGCAGUGGCGUUAG